GCGUGACGUAUAAUGGACUGGACGGGACGCUUCUUCAGGAACAACAACACGGCUACUCUUUCUACCACCUCGGUAGCUUGCUAGCCAACAUAAAACUGAAAGAUUGACGCUUUAGACCAUGUUAAUGUACAUUAGCUAAUCUCAGUGUUGUUAACACAGUUCUGUUGACGUGUUAACUUUAACCUAAUUUGCUUGUUCAAUUUGCAAACGUGUUAAAUAUUUAUACUGAGGUUUGCACCAGGCUAGUAGCUAAUGCUAACUAGCUAGCUAACAUCCCCGACCAUGACCUCACUAAACUACUCGUCCCCUGCUAAAGAAGAAGGGGUCUGCUGUAUGGAGAAAGAAGCUCUGAGGCUGAACAUUGUCGUGAAAGAAGAAGAGGAUGUUAUAGAGGAAACAGAGGAAGAACCUUUUAGAGAGGAAGAGGAUGCUAUCUCAAUAAAGGUGAAGAAGGAAGACGUCUUGGGAGUGAAAGAGGAAGAGACAGAAUAUCAGAUUACCACCAGAGAGAGACAUGACUAUCAUGGAUCCUCUGGGGAGCCUCAACAACAUCCUGAUGCUGACGAGGCAGAGAAGAGUCUCUCCAGUUCAGAACACCAGAUGGACAACGCUAGCUCUUCCUCCCUCCCGGAGUCCCUGUGUUGUGCCUCUCCUGGUAGCGCCUUACUGCUGGGUAUGAAGAGGUUGUCUGUGCUGCUGGUGGACUGCAGGAAAACAACGGGGCUGAGUGGAACUGUGAGAGGAGGAGAAGAGAAGAAAGGAUUAGAUUUAACUCAUCAAAGAGGAAAACCAAACUUCGAGGAACCGAAGAUGUCCAAACCAGCAAGACGACACCUCUGCUCCCAGUGUGGAAAGAGUUUUAACCAGUUAGGAAGCCUGAAAGCUCAUGAACGAAUACACACAGGGGAGAAGCCUUACCACUGCUCCCAGUGUGGAACUAGGUUUACCAGAUUAGGAAGCCUGAAAAGACAUGAGAGGAUACACACAGGAGUGAAGCCACACCAUUGUGCCCAGUGUGGAAAGAGUUUUAACAAGUUAGGAAACAUGAAAUCUCAUGAGCGAAUACACACAGGGGAGAAGCCUUACCACUGCUCACAUUGUGGAAAGAGUUUUAGAGAGUCAGGAAACCUGAACGCUCAUAAGCGAAUACACACAGGGGAGAAGCCUUACCGCUGCUCCCACUGCGGAAAGCGUUUUAACCAUUCAGGAAAGCUGAAAGAACACAUGAGACUGCACACAGGGGAGGACCCUUGCAAAUGCUCAGACUGUGGGAAGACAUAUUACUCAUCACGGUCACUUAAACGUCAUGUGAGAAUCCACACGGGAGAAUAAUUACUUCUCCUAGUGUGUAAAUUGAUAUUUAACAUCAUAUUGACUUAAAAUUCAUCAGAGAACAUACACAAUGCUCCCAUUGUCUUAUAUUGUUGACUGAGAAUGUGUUUACCUGUCUUUACCAUAUGAAAUUGAAUUGUACAAAAUAUUCUUAAACAUAUAUUUGUAUGUUUUUAUUAGAAAACAUGAAGUGAAUAGGGAGUAUGUUAGUUUGAAUAUAAAGUAGAUCAGAUUCCAUGUGUUUAAAUGGUCCUUUUUCUAAACUCUGACUGUGUGUGUUUUUCUGAGUGUCAUUCCUCCAGCACUACAGAUAAUCAAGUGAUAGUUGGAUGUGAUGUAUUUGCUCCAUUGUUUACAUUUGCAUUGUUGGCCCAAUGAUGAUUUAAUGAAAUUAAAAUGUUCACAGACUCGGUAAUGGAAAAGGGUAAUUGUAAACUCAGCAAAAAAGAAACGUCCUCUCACUGUCAAGUGUGUUUAUUUUCAAUGAACUUAACAUGUGUAAAUCUGCAGUCCUCAUGCCUCCUUGCAGCAUGCAUAAGGCACGUUCCCGCAGAUGAGCAGGGACCUUGGGCAUCUUUCUUUUGGUGUUUUUCAGAGUCAAUAGAAAGGCCUCUUUAGUGUCCUAAGUUUUCAUAACUGUGACCUUAAUUGCCUACCGUCUGUAAGAUGUUAGUGUCUUAACGACCGUUCUACAGGUGCAUGUUCAUUAAUUGUUUAUGGUUCAUUGAACAAGCAUGGGAAAGUGUUUAAACCCAUUACAAUAAAGAUCUGGGAAGCUAUUUGGAUUUUUACGAAUUGUCUUUGAGAGACAGGGUCCUGAAAAAGGGACGUUUCUUUUUUUGCUGAGUUUGUGUCCACAUAACUGAGUAUGUGACUAACCUUGUGAAACUGUCCUAUUAUAAUCUCCUGUUUUUGGGAGUAUCUUCCUGUGUUGCUAACCAGCUGCACCUGCAUCCUUGUAUGAAUAAAGUCCCUCCCAGGAACAGGAAACUAUAAAGAUAUGUGCUCAUCACCCAAUGCUUCAGGAAUUCAGACUGUCUACGCUGUGAUGAGUAGCUGUUUUUCUCUCUGAGCUCAGAAAUAAAGAAUCUUGGUUUGA